AUGUGUUACUAUGGCAGCUACUAUGGAGGCCUGGGCUAUGGCUAUGGUAGUCUAGGCUGUGGUUAUGGCUGUGGCUAUGGUGGCUUUGGUGGCUAUGGCUAUGGUUACUGCCGCCCACUGUGCUGUAGAAGAUAUUGGUCUUACGGUUUCUACUGA